AUGUGGCCCUUUGACCUCGUCGACUGGGUGAUGCUCACGGUGCCCAUCGCCUACAUCGGUGUCCUUGCUGGUUCUUUCGGCGUCUUCACAAACCUGUACAAGAAGCGGCAGGCUGCCAACGCCGCAUCGCUCGAGCCAUGGUUCCCCACCCAUCUCCAGCGCAAUGUCUACCUCUCUCUGCUGCACAUGGACGAGCCCAAGGUGCCGGACAGCAUCUUGAAGGCUGCCUUGCUGCGCCGCGCCACGGAGGAUAUCCACCGAAUUAUCCAGAUCAGGAACGCAAAGCAGGCGCUGCAGGUCUUGUUGCAGAGGGGCAGUGUGGGCGAUGACCUGUGGCAGAGGUUCCAGCGCGCAGAGCAGGAGAUUGAGGAGGAACUCAGAGACGUGGUCAACGAGGCCAAUGCGUUCGCGCCCAACUGGGGCCAGACCAUCUUCCAGUCGGCCUCUGAAAUGGCGCAGAACAACCACAUCCGCGAGCGUCUGGCCGAGAUUGAGGCAAAGGCCCCCGCCGAGAAGGCGUGGUGGGAAAGCCGCCGGGCUGGCAUUCAGUCCGAGUUUAUGAAAGAGCUGGACGACGAGAAGGCCAAGAGCGAGGAGGAUGCCGUCAUGGUGGAGAAGGCAAAGCACUGA